AGCGGCGACAACAUUGUUUCGUGUUAUUCUGCUUUACGAUCGAUAGCUUCCUUUGCUUGGUCGGGGCGGCAGCGGAGCGGCGGAGUGGCGUGGACCUCAUGUAGAAAUGACAACAAUGGAAGGGGCCAGCGGGUCGAGUUUUGGAAUAGACACGAUUUUGUCCAGUGCCAGUUCGGGCAGCCCCGGCAUGAUGAAUGGAGAUUUCCGCCCGCUCGGCGAGGCCAGGACCGCGGAUUUUAGGAGUCAGGCCACUCCGUCUCCCUGUUCGGAGAUUGAUACUGUAGGAACAGCGCCUUCCUCUCCUAUCUCGGUCGCCAUGGAGCCCCCGGAACCGCAUGUGAUAGCGGACGGCCCCCAGCAUCACCACCACCUCCACCACAGCCAACAGCCGCCGCCGCCAACCGCGGCCCCCACGCAAAGUUUGCAGCCUUCGCCGCAACCGCCGCCGCCGCAGCCACCCGCCCAGCAGCUGGGCUCGGCCGCCUCGGUCCCCAGGACUUCCACCUCUUCUUUUUUAAUUAAGGACAUCUUGGGCGACAGCAAACCUCUGGCGGCGUGUGCACCGUACAGCACCAGCGUCUCCUCUCCCCACCACACCCCGAAGCAGGAGAGCAACGCAGCACACGAGAGCUUCAGGCCAAAGCUCGAGCAGGAGGACAGCAAAACCAAACUCGACAAGCGGGAAGAGUCCCAGAGCGACAUCAAAUGCCACGGAACAAAGGAGGAAGGAGACCGGGAGAUUACGAGUAGCCGAGAGAGUCCCCCUGUGAGAGCCAAAAAACCUCGCAAAGCCAGGACGGCUUUCUCCGACCACCAACUCAAUCAACUGGAGCGUAGCUUUGAGCGACAGAAGUACCUGAGUGUGCAGGACCGCAUGGACCUGGCAGCUGCGCUCAAUCUCACUGACACCCAGGUCAAGACCUGGUACCAGAACCGCAGGACCAAGUGGAAGCGGCAGACUGCGGUGGGCCUGGAGCUGCUGGCCGAGGCAGGGAAUUACUCGGCACUGCAGAGGAUGUUUCCGUCGCCUUAUUUCUACCACCCAAGCUUGCUGGGCAGCAUGGACAGUACUACCGCCGCGGCGGCCGCCGCCGCCAUGUACAGCAGCAUGUACCGGACUCCUCCUGCACCCCAUCCCCAGCUGCAGCGGCCCCUGGUGCCCCGAGUGCUCAUCCACGGCCUGGGGCCUGGGGGACAGCCGGCCCUUAAUCCCCUGUCCAACCCCAUCCCAGGCACCCCGCAUCCCCGGUGAAGAGCAGGUCACUGUCCCUCCGUGUCCCCUCCCCGACCCGGACAGCUGCCCUUCCUCUCCCGGCACCAGGCUGUCCGGCCUCCCUUGCAGCCAACCGGGUAGCAAAGAAGUAAGAGAGGAAGACACUCACCAGCGGGUGGAGGGGGGGCCCAAAGAGGAGCCAGCCCUCCACUCUCCAUCUCCCCACCCCCAGAGACAGGGCUGGAAAGGUCCCCACGGGAGUGUGACUGGCGAAAACGCCGACUCCACACAAAGUGCGACCAGUAAGUGAAAACAUCAACAAAAACAAAACCUCAAGUUCUUUUUAAAAAAUGACUUUAGGGACAAGCAGGAGGGAGGGAGGGGGGUGGGGUAAGGAGGGAAGAAAGAAGGGCACGGAGAGGAAACCACACAGGCAGAGAGAAUUGUAGAUGAACAGCCUCAAAUUCCGAGGCAGAGGGCAUUGCCGUGGACAUUCCGACUGCCCCAGAGAAAAGAGGAGGGUAACUGAGAACUUUGCACUGAUUUCUCAUGACCUUUUUUCUUUUGGAAAAGUGGCAUGCUCCAUAAUAUGAAAAAAAAAUGUACAUUGGAAAGACUGAGUGAUAAGUGAUAUAUCAUAUUUAUUAUAUGUUGUCAAAAAAGUCACUUAUAUACAUUAGUAAAACAUGAUUUUUCUUUUCAUGUCUUUUUGAUUCAGUAAAAUAAAUGCUUAGACAAAAAUAUAGAAUUUUUUGUGAUUGAAAAUUACAGAAAUAAAGUUUAUCUUUUUUUAACAA